AUGACCUCCUCACCACUCAUGCUACUGGUACUGUUACUACUGGGUUUGAGUUCCCAGAGCUGUUAUGGGUUGGGGACAUUUGGGUUUGACAUUCACCACCGGUUCUCGGACACGGUUAAGGCAAUUCUUGGCACUGAUGGUCUUCCAGAGAAAGGAAGCGUAGAGUACCAUGCUGCUAUGGCCCGUCAUGACCGCAUAAUCCGAGGUCGUCACCUUGCUGCCAAUAACCAGUCGCAACUCACUUUCGUCAAUGGAAACGAGACCAUGUAUUUGCCAUCAAUUGGCAAUGCCUAUUAUGCUAAUGUUUCUGUGGGGACACCAAGUUUAUCAUUUUUGGUGGUCUUAGAUACCGGCAGUCCAUUGUUCUGGUUACCGUGCGGUUGUCAAAAAGGCAGUGCUGGUUGCAAGACCGACUUAUCAUUACCAUCUGCAGAGGUAAUAGAAUUUAACACCUACAAUCCUAAUACGUCUUCAACAAGUGAAAAUGUUCCUUGCAGCAGCACCUUGUGCGUACCACCUAAGUGCGCUUCACAAAGUACUAGUUGUGCUUAUGAUAUAAUAUAUGGUACUUCCUCUGAAAUGAGUUCUUCUUCUGGGAUCUUGGUAGAGGAUGUUUUGAAUUUAAUUACAGAUGACGAUAAGUCAAAAUCAGUUGAAUCCAAAAUAGUUUUUGGUUGUGCUGAAGAUUUGACUCCUGAUCCUUCAUCACCAACCGGUAAUUUACCACCAAACGGUCUACUUGGACUUGGUAUUGAUAAUUUAUCAGUUCCUAGCACCUUAGCAAGAAAUGGGCUAGUUCCAGAUUCUUUUUCCAUGUGUUUUGGACCUGAUCUUGAGAAUGGGAGAAUAACUUUUGGAGAUACUGGCAACUCAGACCAAAAAGAAGCGCCUUUCACGAUUGAGCCAUCAAAUCCAUUUUACAAUAUCAACAUCUCUCAAAUAACUGUGGGAAGCAAUGUUUCUGAGCUAGAGUUCAGUGCAGUCUUUGACUCUGGUACAACGUAUACAUUAUUGAACGACCCAGCUUAUACAAUUAUUUCUACGAGUUUCGAUUCCCAAGUCAAAGAAAACCGGUCCAAUUAUCAGAAUGCCAACUUUGAAUAUUGUUAUCACUUAAGGGCAAAUCAAAACAGUAAUUUCCCUAAAGUCAAUUUGACAUUGAAAGGUGGAGACGAAUAUUUUGUCACUGAUCCACUAGUACAGUUAAAUUUUCAGGGUGAAACUUUGUAUUGCUUGGGUAUUAGCAAAGGUCAAUCGUCGGACAUAAACAUCAUAGGAGUAAACUUCAUGACUGGUUAUGACAUAGUUUUCAAUCGUGAGAAGACAGUAAUAGGUUGGAAGGCAUCUAAUUGUAAUGUCUAUAAUGACUGAUGAGACUUGGUUUUCCCAGGUGGCUACAGCCCAUCAGUCUCCAACUACCAGCCCAAAACAGUCUCUUCCUUUACUUACGCCCUCAUUAUGCUUCUUAUUUCCUUCUUUGCCAUUGUUUGA